AUGGGCGUCGCCGAGUCCACGCCGGACGCGCUGCCGUCGGGCGCGGAGGAGCAGCUGCGCAGCGGCGAGCAGCAGCUGGAGCUGAGCGGGGGGCGGCUGCGGCGGCUGCCCGGCGCCGUGUGCGCGCUGAGCCGCCUGCAGAAGCUCUACGUGAGCGGCACGGGGCUGCGCGAGCUGCCCGAGGAGAUCGAGGAGCUGCGCGAGCUGCGCAUCCUGGCGCUCGACUCCAACAAGCUGGAGCGCCUGCCCGACGGCCUGUGUCGCCUGCCGCGCCUCACGCGCCUCUACCUGGGCGGCAACCGGCUGCUGGCGCUGCCCGCGGACUUCGCGCAGCUGCAGAGCCUGCGCUGCCUCUGGAUCGAGGGCAACUUCCUGCGGCGCUUCCCGCGGCCGCUCCUGCGCCUGGCGGCGCUGCAGUCGCUGCAGAUGGGCGACAACCGGCUGCGCGCGCUGCCCGCCGAGCUGCCGCGCAUGACGGGCCUGCGCGGCCUGUGGCUCUACGGCAACCGCUUCGAGGAGUUCCCGCCCGCGCUGCUGCGCAUGGGCCGCCUGCACAUCCUCGACCUGGACCGCAACCGCCUGGGCGGCUUCCCCGACCUGCACCCGCUGCGCGCGCUGCGCGUCUUCUCCUACGACCACAACCCGGUCACCGGGCCCCCGCGCGUCGCCGACACCGUCUUCCUCGUGGGCGAGGGCGCCGUCGAGCGAAUGGCCGAGCGCGACGAGCCCACGCCCCGGCCGCCGCCCCGGCGCGCGGCUCGGGCCUUGGAGGACGAGGACGAGGAGGACCUGCUGGGGGGCAGCAGUGGCUCCCGGGCUCUGGGGCCUCCCGCGGGCAGCCGGCCUGCCCUGGAAGCCGCCCCAGGACCGGGCACCUGAGCCCCGAGCUGCGGGCGGUGGACGGGCCGUUGUGGGACCAGGGCUCCGGGAAGGCCCGUGGGCAGCAGACGGACAGGCAGGCCCGGGGAGAACCUUCACGCAUUCCUGCCCCCCCCCCCCCCCCCCCAGAGACCCAGAGGUCCCGGCUUAGUCCAUGCCCUGGGGCUCUGCAGGCUGCUAGAGCCCCUGACGGCACCGUCGAGAUGCUGGCUUCCUUCUGGAACCAGGGCACUGUCCGCAGAAUCCUCACCCCUGGCUGAGCCCGGAUGUCCGGGGCCCCACACCAACCCUCUUCCUCCUGGAGUUUGGAUCUCCCAGACCCGUCCUUUCUGGUACAGGGAGCCGCUACCUCUGGGGUGGACCACAUGCCUGUGGGAGACAGACUUGACCAUGGAAGAGGGCCUGGGCCACGCCCCAGUGCCCGGGAAGGAAGUGGGAAACUGGGAUUGGGGCCGCAACGCCGAAGCUGCCCUUGCUCCUCCACCGGGCUCAUUGCACAUACCUCCCUCUCCAGGCAUCCUAAAAUGUGCUUGGGGGAGGGGGCGCUUGGAAGGCAGGGUCUCCACCGCCCCCCGCCUUUGUUCUGUUCUGUGCUCUCGGCUCAUGCCUGGAAUCUUGCUGGAACAAGAGCACGCGCUCUCCCUUUCCCACAGCCUGAGCCUUCCAGCUAUCAAGUUUGAAAAGAAGCCACUGUGCCUCUAGGGCCUCCUGCUUGGAAGAGAGAGGUUCUCUGCUCUGGGAAUCUGCUCCAGAGCCUCCCCCACUGCCUGCACUCUCCAUUCCCUUAAAUGGACACAGUCAGGGUGGCUGGCACCGCGUGGGGGCAUGGGACAAGCCCUGUGUGCCUCCACUCCGUCACCAGGGACAGCCUCAGGGGUGAGGAGUAGGGUGUCGCUCUGCAAUUCCCAGGGCCGAAUCUUUCCCAUCCAAGCAAUAACGGGAAGAGGGGGCCAGGGCCAGGGACACUCAGGGACAUCAUCAGGGGCUGGGGCCCCACAUGGUAGUGUUAUCUUUAGGAAGGAAAAAAAACAACUGGCUGUAAACAUAAAUUAUAUUUCUUGGAGAAAGAA